AUGUCGACCACCGCCGGUGGGGUUUCCCCCGUCGUAAAACCCCAAGUCCCCUUCCCGUCGCCGGCGCCGGACUGGACGGGGCUCCGCUGCCAGAGCUCUCCCCCCGCCAAAACACUGACCUUAGCCACCCCCCAGCCAUGGCGUGGAGCGAGGAGGCCCUCUCUCACCACCCGAGCAGGCAUCCUCCCUCAUCUCCCCUCCCCGUUCCCAUCCUUCCGGUGGCGGAGCCUCAAUCGUCUCUCCGGCGCCGGCGUAGUUUCCGCCGGACGGAGCAAGAAGAAGGCUGGCGGGCCGUCCACCGGCCGCAUCGAGGGGAACGCCGAGGUGCGCCGGAGGGCCAAGGACGGCGCGAGGAAGAGGAGCCGCCGCAUGGCGGAGAACCUCUUCUACCGGCACAACAAGACCUGGGCGGACGAGGCGGAUUCCUUCACCGAGGAGGAGCUCCAGAUGAUCGGCCUUGGCUAUGAUCGGCAGGUCCGAUUCAUGGAGAAGGACGAUCCCAAGCUCCGCCAUCCCGACGACUGGUACAAGUACGGCCAGUACGGGCCUUACUCCUGGCGCGGCAUCGUCGUCGGCAGCCCCAUCCGCGGCCGCUUCUCCGACGAGCGCGUCUCCAUCAUCGGCGAGGUCCGCGACCACGAGGAGUGGGAGCAGAUAGAGCGAUUCGAGAUGGCCUCCGAUUUCUCCCGGCGGCUCGAAUCCAUGGACCACAGCCUUGGGUUUCAGUACUUCUGGGUGUUCGUUCGCCAUCCCAAGUGGCGGAGCUCCGAUCUGCCAUGGCAGCAGUGGACGCUGGUCUCCGAGGUGGUCCUCGAAGCCGGGAAUCAGAGGCUCGACAAAUGGAGCUUGAUGGGGCGGCUGGGGAACAAUACUAGAGCUCUGAUCACUCAGUGCGCCGCCUGGAUGCGACCGGACAUCAUCUACGUCCGCCGGCCAGUGUACCAGUGCCGCUUCGAGCCUCAGGGGAGCUUCUUCCAGCUGCUAGGGCCGCUGCUCGAUCCCGACACAGAGAACCAGUUCCUCUGCGAGCUGAAGGUCGCCGACGGGAAGGUCGAAACCUGCACCUACUUCGCCGGGCUCUGCAAAAUCGUCAGAAUCAGCCCAAAAGCUUUUGUAGAUGACGUCGUCGAGGCCUACCAGAGGCUCAGCGACGAGGGGAAGUCCAGGUGCUUGGAGUUCCUGUUCACGAACCAUCCCAUGGAGCUGUUGCAUCCCUACACGAAGGAAUGGAAGGCCAGGUUGGAGGAGAUGGAGUUGGGCUGCGACGCUCCCGAUGGCAGCGAUGAGGAGGAAGGAGAGAUAGUGGACUGGAUCGAGGACGACGUCGUCGACGAGGAGGGAGAAGAGGAUCUGGUGAUCGAUGAGGAAGAAAGUGAGGACGACGAGGUCUUGGGCGCCGGCGGCGAGGUCUCCGAUCCGGAGGAGAGCGAGGAGUACUGGAACGAGCAGUGGAAGAGGGCAAUGAAGGAACCCGACGCCAUGGAAGGGCUGGUCAAAAGGAGCAUCGAGGUGUCGGAUCAGGUCUACAAGAAUCAAAACCCUGAGGAGGAGAGAAGCUGGGGAGAUGAGCAGACACCGGAGGAGGAGGGAUCGAGAUUCUCGCCUGCGGACGCCAAGGAGUGGAGGUCGAGGAGGAGGAUCAAAAAGGGCAGGAUACCGCCGGAGCUGUUCUUGAGAGCGGCGGUCCGGCCAUUCACUUACCGGAAUCUCGUGAAGGAGAUCGUCCUGAUGAGGCACGCCCUCGUAGAGAAGGAGAUAACCUCGAAGCAGUGA